AGGUCCGAUCCUAACCCCAAAGGAUGCUAACGGAAUACAUUUUUCCCAUAAGAAAUAAUGAAGACACCCGACAAAGCUGCAGCACCCCAGCGACGGCAGCAUGCCGGGCGGCAAGAGAGGCCUGGUGGCGCCGCAGAACACUUUUCUGGAGAAUAUCGUGAGGAGGUCCAGUGAGACGAGCUUCCUGCUGGGCAACGCUCAGAUUGUGGAGUGGCCCGUCGUUUACAGCAAUGACGGAUUCUGCAAGCUGUCUGGAUUCCACCGAGCCGAUGUCAUGCAGAAGAGCAGCACCUGCAGUUUUAUGUACGGAGAACUGACGGACAAGAAGACCAUCGACAAAGUGCGGCAGACCUUCGACAACUAUGAGUCCAACUGCUUUGAGAUCCUCCUCUACAGGAAGAACCGAAGUCCGGUGUGGUUCUACAUGCAAGUGGCUCCCAUCAGGAACGAGAACGACAAGGUGGUCCUGUUCCUGUGCACCUUCAAGGACAUCACUCUCUUCAAGCAGCCUAUCGAGGAUGAAACCACCAAAGGUUGGACCAAGUUUGCACGUCUGACUCGUGCGCUGACCCAAAACCGCACCACGCUGCAGCAGCUGGCGCCUAUCAGCAAGCAUGAAGUCAGCCAUAAGCAGUCCCGACUGGCUGAGGUUCUGCAGCUCAACUCGGACAUCCUCCCUCAGUACAAGCAGGAAGCUCCCAAGACUCCACCGCACAUCAUCCUACACUACUGCACCUUCAAGACCACGUGGGACUGGGUCAUCCUCAUCCUCACUUUCUACACGGCCAUCAUGGUGCCCUACAACGUGUCCUUCAAGACCAAGCAGAACAACAUUGUGUGGCUGGUGCUGGACAGCGUGGUGGACGUCAUCUUCCUGGUGGACAUCGUCCUCAACUUCCACACCACCUUCGUGGGACCCGGCGGCGAGGUCAUCUCCGACCCCAAGCUGAUCCGCAUGAACUACUUGAAGACCUGGUUUGUCAUCGACCUGCUGUCCUGCCUGCCCUAUGACAUCAUCAACGCCUUCGAGAACGUCGACGAGGGUAUCAGCAGCCUGUUCAGCUCUCUGAAGGUGGUCCGUCUGUUGCGUCUGGGGCGGGUAGCUAGGAAACUGGACCACUACCUGGAGUAUGGAGCUGCUGUUCUGGUUCUGCUGGUCUGUGUCUUUGGACUGGUGGCCCACUGGCUAGCCUGCAUCUGGUACAGCAUUGGCGACUACGAGGUCAUUGACGAGGCUACCAACACCAUCAAGAUGGACAGCUGGCUGUACCAGCUGGCCAUCAGCAUUGGAUCGCCCUACCGCUACAACGCCAGCGGUUCUGGCCAAUGGGAAGGAGGUCCUGGAAAGGACUCUCUGUACAUCACAUCGCUCUACUUCACCAUGACCAGUUUGACCACCAUCGGCUUCGGCAACAUCGCCCCCACCACGGAUGGGGAGAAGAUCUUCUCAGUGGCCAUGAUGAUGGUGGGAUCUCUGCUCUACGCUACCAUCUUUGGCAACGUGACCACCAUCUUCCAGCAGAUGUACGCCAACACCAACCGCUACCACGAAAUGCUCAACAACGUCAGGGACUUCCUCAAGCUCUACCAGGUACCCAAAGGUCUGAGCGAGCGUGUCAUGGACUACAUUGUCUCCACGUGGUCCAUGUCCAAAGGCAUUGACACAGAAAAGGUGCUCUCCAUCUGUCCCAAGGACAUGCGGGCCGACAUCUGUGUCCACCUGAACCGCAAGGUGUUCAACGAGCAUCCGGCGUUCCGACUGGCGAGCGACGGCUGCUUGCGAUCUCUGGCGGUGGAGUUUCAGACCACCCACUGCGCUCCGGGCGACCUAAUCUUUCACGCCGGGGAGAGCGUGGACACGUUGUGUUUCGUAGUGUCAGGGUCGCUGGAGGUCAUCCAGGACGACGAGGUCAUCGCCAUCUUAGGUAAAGGUGACGUGUUUGGUGAUGUCUUCUGGAAAGAGACCACACUGGCUCACGCAUGCGCUAACGUGCGGGCGCUGACGUACUGCGACCUGCACGUCAUCAAGAGGGAGGCGCUGCUCAAAGUGUUGGACUUCUACACGGCCUUCGCCAACUCCUUCUCCAGGAACCUCAUCCUGACCUGCAACCUGCGCAAGAGGAUCAUUUUCCGCAAGAUCAGUGAGGUAAAGAAGGAGGAGGAGGAGCGCCAGCGAGCCAAGAACGAGGUCCAGCUCACCAUCCCUCAGGAUCAUCCCGUUCGCAAGCUUUUCCAGAAGUUCAAACAGCAGAAGGAGCUUCGGAACCAGGGCGCUGCCGCCGCCUCACAUUCAGACCCGGACAAGAACCAGCACCUGCACCCCCACAGCCUGCAGCUGGGCCACUCGAGCCUGCAGCACUCCCUGCCUCUCAGCCUGCAGCGAGCGCACCUGCAGAACGGAGCCCCGCCCAGCAGCAGCGUGCUCACCGUGUCUCAGGUGGUCUAUAGCGAGACCCCCGCCAAGCAGAACAACACGCUGGACCUGCGGCCCGCCGAUCAGAGCGUCAGCUUGAAGGUGUGCACCAGCCCGCCGCUCGCACACACACCGCUCAGGACCAGCGGCUGGAUGCGUCUGAAAAGCAAUGUGGCGCCCAGUGAAGCCCGCCAUGUUGACGGGCUGAACAACAAGGCUAUUUCCGUGGAGAUGCUCUCCCAGGAGGUCAAAGUUCAGGAGGGAGGGCGGGGCGGGGACAUCGAGGAGGGGGGCGUGUCCGGCACCAACCCGUUGCGUAAGACUGACUCGUGCGACAGCGGCAUCACCAAGAGCGAGCUGCGCAUUGACCGGGCCGGAGAGGCGCGCACCCCUGCCGCCGCCACCCCUCUCCUGCACAGCCCCCCCUCGCUGGCGUCCCCUCACCCCUUCUGCCCCAUCCCCGAGCAGGCCCUGCAGGCAGCGCUGCAUGAGACCCGGCUGGAGCUCCGGGAGAACAUCCACAGUCUGGGGGGCCGUCUGGGGGCUCUGGAGGGUCAGGUGGCCGAGAUCAUCAAACUUCUGUCAGACAAGCGCAGGUUGUCUGCGGCGCCCCCUGCCGCCCCGGCCCCCACCCCCAAGACCAAAAUACGACGGCAGGACAUUUUCACGGUUUCCAGGCCUGUCUCGCCUGACACUGAAGACAGCUGAGCCAGCGACGUGGACAAACCCGGAACCCUUUUAAUGCCGGGUCCACUCACGUUGCUGCUAAACGUUUGCACACUGAUUGUACAUACCCGUCUAUGCAUGUCCAGCUGGACUCUGGCCUGCCACACACACUCAGUGCAUGCAGAGGAACUUUUAAUGGACAUCAGAUAUCUUUUUCAGAAGUGGACAUUCAGGGUUUGCACACUGGUAGCACUACAAAGACUGAAGGAGCAUGUCUCAAAGUCUGCCCUCUCGAGUGGUUUCUUCUCUUCGCCUGCUACGUGAAACACCACAACAGGCAACCAAAAGAUGUAGAUGUCUUUUAUAUACUGAUUAAUAACUUUCUAUUUUUGGUGGCACUCAAAUCCUCUGUUAAAAAGGCCACAUUUUUUAGCGUCGGCUGCUCAUAUGGAGCAGCGAGAGCAUCAAAGUUAGGAAAGUUUGGACGAUACACACACUGCGUUAUUUUGAUAUAGCUCUUCACGCUAAAUGCUACACUUACACAUUAUUAGGUACAUGUCAUUGAAAUAUGAGUCACUGUCCUCUAGCGGGCUGUCUUUAGUCUUUAAGCUUCCAUUAGGAGCACCUCCAGGCUCCCCUUUAGAGUCCCUUUUGUAGUUAUUCUACUUUAUACCGUAUGUAUUUAUAGCUAACACACAUGCGCUAUGAGAUUAAAUGUCGUGGUAGUGGAAGGGCCAAAUAUUACAAACACAGAUUUUCUCAUACUAUGUUCACACUGCAGGGUACGAUGCCCCAUUUGGAUUUUAUGUUACAAUUCCUGUGUGGGUGAGGAGUCGGAGGCAGGAGUGGUGGGACGCUGAUGUGACUCGCUUCACUGACACAUUUAUUAAAUCAUUUUCGGAUGAGAAGAAGAAUUUUUGCUACAUACGCGUCCAGACUGAUGUGGGAUUUCUGCCCACGUACGAAAGAGGCUUGGUUUGCCUUUGAAAAAAUUGGAAUUAUACUGUUCACACUGAAAUCAGAUGACAAAACCAGAAUUGACCUGCAGUGUGAACGUAGCCUAACUGUCUACAGCUGACUGAUUGACAGGGGGCGGGCAUUUGCGGUGCAGUUGAUGCUCUUGCUGCUUCCUGUGUGGAGGUCCAGAUAGAACCCAAACGCCCCCCGCCUCCAGUACUCCCCCUUUGUGUCUAUGCAUUGCUCUGCAUGUGUGACAAAUGACAGGAAGCACUUUGUGUAGCUAUCGUGGUACGGAACAGAGAGCUGUUGUAAGCUUGCUAGCGUCGUUGCUACGUGGUACGGUGGUUGCAGUGAAGUCACCUUGCAGUUUUAAGGCACAAUUAAUAAACAUGCCACUUUGUAGUUCACACUCCAAACCAGUAGGGGGCGACAUAUUAGCUUCUCCUGUAAAAAAAAAAAAAACCCACACAAGCUAAUGCUGUCAGUGAAGCUCUCCAGUUGCUAAACAUGGCGUGUGUCGACCUGACGUGAUCUCACUUUCAGUACUUGAUUGAAACAAGGAAAGGCGCCGCCUGCUGGUUGUUUGUGAUGUGUACCUCUGGGCGCAUCCUCUGCCGCAGUGGGGGUGUGUAGGAGGAGGUAAGUGCCUUGCUCAGCGGCUCCUCAGCAGCACUUUCAGAAUAUUGUGACGCUUAUCAAGGAUCAAAUGCGGCGCAGAGCUAUGCAACUCUUAUUAAUGAACACAAACUGAUUGUGAUGGAUUCUUCGUUUAAUAAGCUAAUGUUAGCUGCUCAGAGAUUAUACCCAAUCGGAGCGCCCCCUGUGUGUGUUUGAAGAACGUAGCAGCAUGCUGUUUAUAUUUACCAUCCAAAUUGGACUUGAUGUCAAGAUUAGUUAGCAUUUCAUCAUGUAGAACAAUCCCUUAGUUCUUAUCUGCAGCAUGCUAACGUGCUAAAUGGGAUUUUGUUAAAAAAUCAUGUUGAAUAUUACAAGCUAAUAUAGAAGUUGACCCCAAGCUUUACAUCAUGUUUGACAACGCCGUGAAGCGAGCAGCGUUGGCGGUGUCCAUCUAGCUGGCAGUGUUGGCUAACUCUUGUUAGCAUUGUUAGCUCAUCAAGCUAACAGAGUUUGCCCUCCUUUUCCCGUCUCAAACUUUUCCAUUAGAGAGCUUACAUCUAAAUUGAAUCGCCACAAUUAUAUUUUAAUAACGGUCCAGAAAGGAUCGGAUGAAUUUCCUUUGAUUCUAAAAACAUUUGCUCGGGUUUUUAUUUCCUGCCAUCCAGUGUUGAUAAAACUAAUUGAGCUUCCAACAUCCCAGAAUAUUCAUUUCUAGGAUUAUGUAAAUAGGAAAUAUAUCACAAGAACACAACUUAUACUUUUACACACACUUUUUUUUUUUUUAAAAAGAGCCUUUUCGAACAUCUCCUUUUGACAAGCACUUGAAUGUUGUUGUUUUUUUUUUUUUUUAAAUAUAUUUGCUGUUUUUUAAAGAAAUGCUGUCUGUUACAUGGUGGAUGCAGAGGUCAUGCACGUUGUUUUUUUGAAAUUGUACUUGCUUCCUUUGCAUGUCUUCUGCAAGAUGAUUGAUGUUUGAAUGCAAGCACUGAAAAGACAGCGUAUUUCAACCUUCUAAAGUACAUUCCGGCUGUGUAUCAAAUGGAACACUUAUGCCAGUACACUUCAAUAAGUAUACUGUGUACACUGUGUACUUACUGUAGUUCGUGAGUGUGUGAAUUAUGACAAUGUAGUACUGUCCCAAAUCAUUUACUGUCAUUGUACACUUACCUGGGUUUCGUCAUUCAUUUGUUCCAAAAGGUCAGACGAAAACCAAGGCAUUUUUUCCUAUAGAAAAUAAUUAAUAUAAAUCCAAUGAAUCCGUUCCAAACACACACAAAUAUGAACAAAAAUAGAUUUUAUACAAAAUAUUUUACAUGAUUGUGAAAUAAUCAUAAAUGACGAAUAAAAAAAAUUGACAAAAACAGAAUCAUAUGAAAACUGGGGUGAAUCGAGUUAGUACAUUCCCUUCCUCUACGUAGCCAAAGGCAACUAUUGAGGUUGGUAAGUGUCCAUGACUGCACACUUCACCAUUUUGAGUGAAACAUCCUGGUACUGACAGUGCACUGCCUUUUGGCGUACUACUCAGCGUGAAUGCACCGCACCGUCUCUUGUUGGUGGCCGAGUGGUUAGCAUGUUGGCCACACAGUCAGGAGAUCUGGAAGAUCUAGUUUGGAUCUCCGCUU